AUAUAAAUAGCCAAUCACUUGGCGCCCAAUUCAGUUCUACUGGUACUUUUCGAUAGAGCUGGUUAGAGCAAGAGAGAUCAGAACAAAUUUCUAGAGUUUUUUCUCUGAUAUUCGAUUCGAAAUGCAGCACCUAGGGUUUACAAGCUUGAAGAGUCAUGAUCGCUACAAAUCCUUGGCAGGAGCGGCCACCGGAUCUGCGAAGACCUCCUCGAUCUCUUCGCGUCCCUCUUCGGACAUGAUCUCAUCGGGGAGUUUCGCGAACUUGAAGCUUACUGCAGAGAAAUUGGUGAAAGAGCAAGCCACGGUCAAAACCUAUCUGGAAAUGGCGACCUCGAAGUUGAAGAAAUCGACUGAGCUUAUUCAUCUGUUGGAGGAAAAACUGCAAAAUGCUUUCAAUGAGAAUGCAAAGCUGAAGGUGAAGCAGAAAGAAGAUGAGAAACUAUGGAACGGAUUGGAAUCUAAAUUUUCUUCAACUAAGAUGCUAUGCGAUCAACUUACAGAAACUUUAAAGCAGCUAGCUCGACAGGUUCAGGAUGCUGAAAAGGAUAAAGAAUUUUUCAAAGGAAAACUAUCUGAAAGUUCGGUUGCCAUUGAUAGUUUGAGCCAGCAGAUGAAUAAUUUGUCCCUCAAAUUAGGGUCAGCAGAGGAAAUAAUUAGAAAUCGUGACAAGGAGCUGGAGGAGGUCAAAACAGAGAAAGAUGAAAUAGACAAGAAGUACAGAGAUGAGCAGUGCCAAACUGCUGAUUUGAUGGGAGAAAAAGAUUCUUUGAUAAGGAAGUUUGAAGAAACAGUAGCAGCUAAUACACUGGCUGUAGAGAGUAUGAAAUCCAGGUUGGGAGAGGCACAAAUUGAGUUGAGAGCCAAAGAAGAUGAAAUUAGUCAUUUGAUGAGCACUCAGGAUAACUUAGUGAAAGAAAACAGUGAUCUUCAGUCAAGCAAUGAAGAUACUGCUAAAAGAUUACAUUUGUUACACCUGGAGACAAUAAGUCUUGAAACUUUCAUUAAUCUGUUAGUGGAACAGUUGGUCGAAUUGGAAAGGCAAAGAGUGGCUUUUGCAGACAAGUUUGAUCAGCUAAACACUCUUUAUGAUUCUUGGUUUAAGCUAGUCCGCCAGGAGAGAGAACUUUUUGCUAAGCAUGUGCAAACACAACAUGAUCAACUCUACAAGAAGUUCCUCUGUGUAACAUCAGAGAAAGAUUCCUUGAAAGUGAUGAAUCAAGAGUUGAAUGAUAAUAUCAUAGAGCUUCACAAAGCCAAAGAGUCUGUCAUGGAACAACUUUCUGAGGAACGCCGCUUAGCAGAGGAGAGAAUUCAUUGUUUGGAAUCUGAAGCAAAGACUUUUGCCUCAAAGAAGAUUGAAAGUGAAACUUUGGUUUCCAAAUUAGAGGGGACUAUUGCCGCUUUGUCUGAAAGUUCAAGAUCAUCUGAGAUUAAAAUGCAAGAUUUAUUGUUAAAAAUUUCGGUGCUGGAAAUGGAGAACGAAGAUAAUACAGAGAAAUUACAGGCAGAGAUGCAGAAAAAAAUUGAAGAAGUAGAUGGUCAACAGAAGGAGAUAGAGAAACAUAAGUACUAUGUGGAUUCACUGGAGAAACAAGUUGGCCAGCUUGAUAACAUUUUAGAAGAGAAGGAACAUCUUAUUUCACAAUACAAGGACAGAGAGAAGAAGAUGGAAGAUCAAAUCGCGGAGAAUCAUGUGUCGCUGGCUGCUGUGGAAAGCAAACUUGCAGAAGCUAAAAAGCAGUAUGAUCUUAUGCUGGAGAGUAAACAGUCGGAGCUAUCUAGACAUUUGAAAGAUAUAUCUCAGAGGAAUGACCAGGCAAUUAAUGACAUUCGGAAGAAGUAUGAGAUGGAGAAGCUGGAGAUUGUUAAUAUGGAAAAGGAAAAGGCUAACAAAGGUAUCAAAGAUAUGGAGAGAAAAUGUGAACAGAAACUUGCAGACUGCAAGGAAGAAUCAAGUCAACAGUUGAUGCACAUUCAGGAGGAGCAUGCUGCUCUGGUCAUUCACAUUCAGCAAGAGUAUGAUAAAAAGGAACUCAAACUUAGAGCUGAUCAUAGUGAACAGCUAAAAUGUGUUCAACUUCAAGCUGAAAAGGAACUGAGAGAGAAAUCAACAUCGCUCAGGAAUGAACAUGAAGUUCAACUGAAAGCUUUGAGGUCCCAGCAUGAAGAUGUGUGUCAGAGGCUUCAAGAGGAAUUGGAUCUGCAGAAGUCAAAAGAAGACAGGCAAAGAGCUUUAUUGCAAUUGCAGUGGAGAGUGAUGGGAAACAAGCCACAAGAAGACCAAGAAGUGAAUUCAAAGCAGCAUCACUCUGUUUCUUCAAUCAAGAUGAGGGAUUAUGGUGGUGGUAAAAGAAGUGAACAUGCCGUGAAUUCACCUUUCCUCGAGGUAACACAAACGCCUGUCUCAAAGUUACUGAAGAAAGUAGAGAAUGCCAAAUCAGGAAGUGUGAUUGAUAUUCAUAAGCAUCACAAGAGGGUGACUCGUCGUGAAUAUGAAGUUGAAACUUCUAAUGGAAGAACAAUUACAAAACGAAGGAAGACGAAAAGUACAGUUAUGUUCGAUGAUCCGAGGAAACAUAAGAAGAUUAAUACACCAAAAACCAGAACCCCUAGAAGUGUUGUCAAGGGGGUCAUGGGAAGAGGUCGUCCACAUCCUUCAAAUAUAGGCGAUUUGUUUUCAGAAGGUUCGCUAAACCCAUAUGCAGAUGAUCCCUAUGCCUUUGAUUGAAGAUGAUUUAAGUUCAAGGGAUUGGCCAGCAUGGCAUGAAUGGUAUCGAAAUUGAGAAGUCAGAAAACAAUGCCUUUUGGUUUCUUCUGGAAAGAUAUGCCGAUGACAUUGGCAAAAUUUGUAUAGAGCAAACAUCUUGGCUUCGCGGCAACACUCUGAUAUGAAGGUAAAGUGAAUUGGUCAUUUUUUUGUCUGCUGGACAGUAUAGAUUGCCUGUCACUUCAAAGUCGCAAGUGUGCAUAUCUGUGAUUACAAAGUCUGUUUUUGAAUGUCGACAAAUUUUCUAUGUUCACUUUUGUUGAACUCGUGUAUCACUGGACUGUUUGGGAAUACACUUCGAUAUUCGUUUUGUGAAUGAAGCCAACGUAUAGAGUGGUGCCAAA